AUGGCGGCAGCGGCCUGCUGGAGGUGCUUUUCUGCCUCUUCGUACAUCCUGCCGCGUAACAAUGAAUACACGAGCACGCCAACAUGCUACUUUGUUCACUUCCUGGGCACGUCGUCAGGAGUGCCCACCGCGACCCGCAACGUAACGUCACAGUGCAUUCGCUUCCCCAGCGAUCGCCUGUGGCUGCUUGACUGCGGUAAUCUGCGCUUCAUCCAUCACGGCCUCACCUUUGAGAAGAUCGACAAGAUAUUCAUCACCCAUCUGCACGGGGACCAUUGCUACGGUAUUUUCGGACUUCUGAUGAUGCUGGCGAUGAAGGGCGGCAAGCGACAAUCGGACGUCGAUGGCGGCAAGGUCCCGUUCGAGGUCGUCGGCCCGAAGGGCAUCAGGGCGAUGAUCGAGGGCGUGUUCGCCCACUCGCAGUCGUUUCUUAACUUCCCCAUCGUCUAUACGGAGCUGGACGAGGGCCAACCGCACGACUUGGGCGUGAAAGAUGACGGAUGGCAUGUGUGGGCCUACCCGCUGACCCAUCGAGUUCCAUGCUUCGGCUACGUAUUCAAGGAACCAGCGGAAAAGGGUACGUUCGACGCCCCGACUGCCACCUCGAUGGGAGCGAAGGGACCACAGAUCGGGCAGCUGGCCAAGGGCGGGAGCGUCACACUGGCCGAUGGCCGCGUCAUUUCGCACGCGGACUGCCUCCGACCAGGCAAAGAGGGCCGCUGCCUGGUCUUGCUUGGGGAUACGCACAACUCCGACAGCAUAGACGAGGCGGCCAAGGGCUGCGAUCUGCUGGUACACGAGGCGACAUUCGACGCCACCAUGGAGGAGCGGGCGAGGGACACUGGACACUCCACCACAUACGAACAGCCGUGGAACGAGGAGAAGGUGCCGUCCAUCGAGGAGCUGCUGGAGGAGACCCGCGCCCAGUGCCCCGACAUAGCCGCGGCGGAGAACGUCUUCGCCGCGCACGACUACUGGUGGAUCGAUCUUCCCAAGAAGACGUGA